UUGGCUCAAUCCCACACCUCCAACUACAAUUUCAUCGAGCGUGAAUCAUCUCCCGAGUCCCAGAUAAACUCCAUCGACUCGGAUCAUCAUCAAUAUCGCGUUGUUGGACCUUCAAGGACGCCGCGGGUGAUGCAUGGAACAUCUCCAUACAUUAGACAACGAUCACCUUCCCCUGAUCCUACUAGAUUUCGAUUCCCUUCGUCGUCCUCUACUACAUCCACACUUACCACUUCGUUGGGGAUAUAGUAGUCACACCAUUUACGGACAAACCGAAUCCCCAAACCGUUCCCUGGCGUCUCCGAGUCCAUCCUGUGCCACUCCGUGUCUCGUCAUUGUCAACACCCAGAAUGCUUAUUUUUCAACAGAGUGUAGUGAAAGACAGGGUGAAAGUUUAAGUUCCCGGUCGGACAAGCGAAAAACCCGAGAUGCAGGCCCAGGGGCGGCCCACUCGGACAAAGACCUUAGUACUAAAGGACUCAGAUAUUCUAGUGACGGAAAAAUCGAAAAGCCCACCGGGGGAGUUGGUAAACCUGGUCGAGGGGGGUAUAACUUACUACGCGUUGCCUUGAAGUGGCCGGAAAAACGUUUCAAUGAGGUCAAGAAAUUCAUCGAUGAGACCGUCGAGGCAAAAUUAGACUGCCUGCAACCUCUCGGUAAACAGCAGUAUCUGAAACUCGAAGAGGUUCGAACACUGGCUGUGGCGAAGUUCAGCUUUCUCGAAGAAUACCGCGGCGAUUGGGUGGUCUACGACUUUAUCAGGUGUCGUUUGAAGUAUCGCAAACAGGCACUAAAGAGAACCGCUUCAAUGAAAGCAGCCGCCGACUCGGGAUCCCGACAGAGAAUUUCCUGCUAUUUGAAUUCUGAUUCAUGAGGAGUGAGUGUAUCGAGGUAGCCGAACAAGGGGCCAAGGGGACAGGAAUUGCCAGGGGUCGAAUGAAUAUGUAGAUGAUAGGCUAUAAUGUAAAUUCAGUUUCUCAUUCAAAACAGCUUGACAGUGGAGAGACGUGUUUACA